AUGGACAUUCGCACAUGGCUGGCCGAUAUUGAACUGCCAGAGAGGCCCCCAACUCUCUCCGAGCAGCUCGGCCUGCCUCCGUUCCUCCAUCCAAAGGGGGAGUCCCCAAAGGAGGUCCGCCGGCGGAAGCGUAGUACGUCGGACAGUUCACUCCUCGACACCCGCCCAGGGCGCCAAAUCCCUCCCUCAAUUAGACACGGGGCCGAUAUCGACGACAGCGCCGAGGACAGCGCUUGCAGUCAUGCAACUAGCGCUCUAGGCGACUCUGCAGGAAACAGCAAGUCGAGCCACCCCUAUGCACGCAGGCCUCGACGCAAGACACGCCUCGAGCGCUACGAACCCACAUCGAAGGAUGUUAAGGGACGGGGGAAGCAGGUAUAUCAGACCCGGAGCGGCGAAUCAAGGAAAACCAGACGCAAAUCAAGGCGCAAGAAGGCCGACCAGGGGGUAGGCCUAGUCCAGAGCUUCCACGCCAAGAAUGUCCCGAGAGAUCGACUGACUUUGAAGCCUCGAGAGAAACUGGGGAUAUUCAACAAGGGAAGAGCGUCGUCGCCAGUCAAAGGUCGAGGCCUGCCGGACUUGGUCUUCUCAGAGAUGAAGUUCUUGCAGAAGAAUAAGGGCCAACCGGAAGCCGUCCCUCAGGCAGGGUUGCCAAUGAAAAAGCGCAAAAAAGAUCAUGCACAGGCUAAGCAAGAAGAGAUAUCUGCAUACUUUACCUCUCUCCGACCAGUCCUAGCAGAGAAGGAUGCGAAUAUCCAAGCGAAGGGGGGCUCGUGCCGACAGAGCCUUGUUCGGGACCUCGAUCACGAGCAUAAGAGAUCGUCACUGAUCGAUAACGCCGUACCUACUGUCGAGCUACCCGAUAAGGAAGCAUAUCUCAGGGUUGGGGGCCGGGUAGCAAGACAUGAGAGUGGGAGCUAUGUCUCCUGGUCUGAGUCCGUCCGACCGUCGAGUCCAACGAUAUUCCCUCGAGCAGGUUCUACUAUCGACGUUGGUAAGCUGGCCGCGAUACUAGACAGACGAGAUGGGGAAAGAAUGUAUAUAACGGAUCCAUUGCACUCACGGCCGGACGCCUCUUCCAUAGCCAGACACAUAACAGAUGGUAGUGGCGGAUGCUUCGAGAUAUCCUCAUUAGCUCCAGCAAAUCACCAGGCAUCCCGAUCACACUCGCUUCCUCAACGUACCUCUUCCCCACGAGCAUCGAACACUGUUGACCGAGCUAGGAGAAGUAAUCGUAAAGGGGAUGAAACAAUAGCAUCGCCAGCUUCUACGCAGGCCGCUAUACCUCAAGCUGCAAAGCCAAGCGGCAUAAUAGCCGGCUGUCCAAACGUUAAGAACAGUAUUGGCUUAGAGAACACUGCACAUUCGCCCAAGAAAACCGAGCUCGUUCAUGACAACCACGCUGAUGAGCUUGCAGUUGGACAUACAGAAAUGGCGGUGAACACUAUCGAACCUCCAAGUUCUUCAAGCCUUGGAAGAAUCUUACAAGAGUGCAACUCCGCAUUUGACGAAGGAAGGCGUCGAGUAGUCGCAUCGUAUGGGUACAACAGCUUGCACGUGGAGCCCAGACUGGACAGUGAAAAGGAAACAGCGAGUCCACAGCUCCAUAGAGUAUCCCAGAGGACACCUGCAGUUCGGUUCACUGGUGUUGAGAUAGGUCAACCUCACCGGCCCAACUUUUCCCGUCCCAGUAUUUACGAAGAACAAGCGGAACGACAAUAUCUGAUGCAGCAGCAGCAUGCGAUUGAAUAUGAACCCGAGCACGACGCUUACACCAGAGAUGACAAAUGCAUUGUCGAUGAUGGCGAUGAUGAAGGAAACUACUACGGUCUGGACUUGGGAUAUCCGCCUGAAGAAAUAACAUCGUAUGACUUUGGAGCCGACGUGGCGGAGGAUGAUCUUGCCUCACCGCACGGAAUAGAUAGAGGCGGGGAGAGUUUUGUGCAGAGAGAUGGAGUCGUUGUGGAAGGUUUCUGGCGUCCUCAUAAACUAUACUGA